ACGCUGACGCAGCCCUCGGCGGCUAGGCGGCUAACUGUCUUGCUUCUGUCCGUCACCUUGAAUCUCGUGCAUUCAUCUCUGUGUGCAAGCCGAAAGGGCUACAAUGUCUCAGCCACGCGCGAAGGUCGAGAGUCUGGACGGCAGCCCCAACCUGGGAGCACCGGAUGUCGACCACAGCUUUCAGUUGUACGACCUCCGCGUCGAAGUAAUCUGUCCACCAGGAAAGCGUAUCUUAUGUGGAGCGAAAGCUGGCGACUAUUUCACACUCGAGGGCGAGAUGCUCAAGCUCCCUCCUGGACAAGGCAUUUCCAUAUAUUCACUAGGCGCACUGCUCCCUCUGCUCGCGGCCAAGCAGCGUGUUACGUCUCCGUACGACUGGAUGACUACCGACAGUGACAUCGCAUGUCCGGAUCCGAACUGCCCCAGCAUAACGCGCAUAACGCGGACGGGCCUACGGACGUUCAUGAGAGGAGAUACGACAGUUGGCCCUCUGCCUCCCGCGUCCACCCCGAGUCAAGGGGAACCCUCUCGAAUCCAACCCGCACCAGACAAAGCGGCGAUGGCGGUGGAAUCGAGCACUCCGAGUUCGGUCCCGGCGUCGCCGUUGUUUACUGACGGUGUUGCGGAGGAAGAUUCAACGGCAGAUGUUGCGACCGCGGUUGUGGAAGAACAACAUGACCUUGGUGAAGCACAUCGUGGCCGCGGAUUUGGCUACUACCUCAGAGCCGAUUGGGGGUGAUACAUAGCUUUCGUGGCAUAUAUGCACGUCCUUUACCUACUGUCUCUCCACUCAGUCAGCGUCCAGUAGCAUGUUUUGUUUCAUUUUGGCUACUAGAGCAUCGAG